GAGACAAAACUUUCUCAACAUGUAUUUUAAUUGCAUGCUCAUAGCUAAUUAUCUUGAAUUUUCACUUAUUACCCGAAACCAUUUGCUCGAUAAUACAUUGUCUCUAUCAUCAAUUUUUUAUUUCUUGAUUAAUGCACCAAAUGCUAGCUGUACAUGCAGAAUUACAAAUAAGCCAGCCCUCCGAACAUUAAUUGCAGUUUGUGAACUUGUUAAUCCACUAUUGAUUAGUUACAUUUCUCCCUACUUAAAUUCAGUGUUCAAAUUCUUUCGUCACAAAAAGAUGAUGUUUUACCUUUUUACUGUAAUCCGUUUUUUAAUUAAUUCGUUACGUGACAGUUUUAGUGAAACGAAUGCAAUGUUACAAAAAAAGUCUAAUAAAUUUGAGAUGUCACUGUUAGAAUCUCUUCCCAUUACAAACCUAAGCCGUUUCCCCUUUAUCCUAAUUGAUACAACUUGUCUUGAAGAAGAAAGAGAGAGAACGAAAUAUUUUUUUUCCAAGGAAGAUAUGGGAAAAGCAAAGAAAGAUGAAAUGAUGAGAAAGAAGAAAAAGGGUUCGGUGUUAUCGAUUUUCAUGCACGCUGAUGGAGUUGACAAGUUGUUGAUGAUCAUCGGCUUCGUCGGAGCUGUUGGCGACGGAAUCUCGAUGCCUACCAUGUUGCUUUUGACUGCUAAACUCUUGAACAAUGUCGGUAAUGAAUCUCCUCAGAGUGCUCAUUUCAGUCCUAAUCUUAAUAAGAAUGUGUUGCUACUCUGCUACAUGGCAUGUGCACAAUGGAUUGCUUGCUUUUUAGAGGGUUAUUGUUGGACAAGAACAGCAGAGAGGCAAGCGUCGAGAUUAAGAGCAAGAUAUUUGAAGGCGGUGCUAAGGCAAGAAGUAGGCUAUUUCGACGUAAACGUCACAAGCACUGCAGAUGUCAUUGAAAGCGUUUCCAGUGAUAGUCUUGUAAUUCAAGAUGUUAUCAGUGAGAAGGUACCAGUUUUCUUGAUGAAUCUAGCGACUUUUGUGGGAUCCUACAUGGCAGCAUUCUUAAUGGAAUGGAGGCUAGCAAUUGUGGGAUUCCCGUUUGUGGUAUUUCUGGUAAUCCCCGGAAUGAUGUAUGGCAGAGCUCUCAUGGUUAUUGCUAGAAAAAUCAGGGAAGAAUAUAACAAAGCUGGUACGAUUGUGGAGCAAGCCAUUUCUUCGGUCCGAACAGUUUAUUCUUUCGUCGGGGAGGCGAAAACGACGGCAGAGUACUCUGCUGCUCUUGAAGGAAGUUUCAAAUUAGGAUUAAGACAAGGUUUGGCAAAAGGUUUGGCCAUUGGGAGUAAUGGCAUAACAUUUGCAAUUUGGGCUUUCAUGUCAUAUUAUGGUAGUAGAUUAGUCAUGUACCAUGGUGCUAAAGGAGGGACAGUUUUUGCUGUUGGUGCUGCCAUUGCCAUUGGUGGAUUGUCACUGGGUUCGGGUUUAUCCAACGUGAAAUAUUUUUCUGAGGCAAGUGCGGCCGCGGAUCGAAUAAUGGAAAUCAUAGCAAGAGUACCAAAGAUUGAUUCAGACAACAUGGAAGGCGAGAUUUUGACAAACGUUUCGGGUGAGGUGGAAUUCAAGCACGUCGAAUUCGCGUACCCAUCACGACCCGAAAGCGUAAUAUUCAAGGAUUUUAGCCUCAAAAUCCCAGCAGGGAAAACAGUUGCAUUAGUAGGGGGAAGUGGGUCAGGGAAAUCAACAGUGAUUGCACUGUUGCAGAGGUUUUAUGACCCACUUGGAGGUGAAAUCUUGCUGGAUGGGGUGGCCAUUAAUAAGCUGCAGCUCAAGUGGUUAAGGUCGCAAAUGGGGCUAGUCAGUCAAGAGCCUGCACUUUUUGCAACCACAAUUAAAGAAAACAUACUUUUUGGUAAAGAGGAUGCAUCUGAUGAAGAGGUUAUUGAAGCUGCAAAAGCUUCCAAUGCUCAUAACUUCAUCUGUCAGCUGCCUCAGGGUUAUGAUACCCAGGUGGGGGAAAGGGGUGUUCAGAUGUCUGGAGGGCAAAAACAGAGAAUAGCCAUAGCAAGAGCCAUAAUCAAAGCACCAAAAAUUCUGCUUCUGGAUGAGGCCACAAGUGCACUUGAUGCAGAAUCAGAAAGAGUUGUUCAAGAAGCGCUGGACAAGGCGGCCGUCGGGCGAUCCACCGUCGUAAUAGCCCACCGUUUAUCCACCAUCCGAAACGCUGAUCUCAUUGCUGUAGUCCAAAAUGGCCAAGUCAUGGAAAUAGGAUCACAUGAUGAACUCAUUGAAGAUGAAAAUGGUUUAUACACAUCCCUCAUCCGGAUGCAACAAACUGAACCAAGUAGUACUAAUCACAACAAUGCUGCUGUAUUGGGUUCAGGAUCCAUUUUAACUAGUGGAAGGCAUAGUGUAAGUAGUCGUAGGCUGUCGGUUUUUAGUCGGUCUAGUUCGGCGAAUUCAGCUGCACCAAGCAAUAAACCAGAGGAUGCAACAAUGCCUAUUACUGAUCAAGUGUUUCGGGUUCCAUCAUUUCGAAGACUUCUUGCGAUGAAUUCGCCCGAAUGGAGGCAGGCUCUCGUCGGGUGCACGAGUGCUGUCUUGUUCGGAGCUGUCCAACCGACUUACGCGUACGCGAUGGGAUCGAUUAUAUCGGUGUAUUUCUUGACAGAUCAUGCUGAGAUCAAGAGGAAGACAGAGAUAUACGCCUUGAGUUUUGCCGGGUUGGCGGUGUUUUCGUUUUUGAUAAACAUAUGUCAGCAUUACAGCUUUGCAUCCAUGGGGGAACACUUGACAAAAAGGCUCAGAGAAAAAAUGCUUUCAAAGAUCCUCACUUUUGAAAUCGGAUGGUUUGACAGGGAUGAAAAUGGUACAGGUGCCAUUUGUUCAAGACUGGCAAAAGAUGCCAAUGUGGUAAGGUCAUUAGUGGGUGAUCGAAUGGCGCUCUUAAUCCAAACGAUUUCUGCAGUGACAAUUGCAUUCACAAUGGGACUAAUAAUUGCCUGGAAACUCGCACUCGUGAUGAUAGCCAUUCAACCACUUAUCAUCAUUUGCUUUUACUGGAGGCGCGUGCUUCUCAAAACCAUGUCCCAUAAAGGGAUCAAAGCGCAGGUAGAAAGCAGUAAAAUCGCGGCGGAAGCCGUCUCCAAUCUUCGGACAGUCACCGCAUUCAGCUCCCAAUCUCGGAUCCUGAAAAUGCUGGAAAAAGCACAAGAAGGACCCCGGCAAGAGAAUAUUCGCCAAUCAUGGUUUGCUGGAAUUGGGCUGGGCACCUCCAAUGGUCUGGUGACGAUAAGUUGGGCUUUCGAUUUCUGGUACGGCGGCAAGCUUAUGGUGGAUGGGGCGCUUGGAUCAACGGCCCUGUUUCAAACCUUCAUGAUCUUGGUGAGCACAGGACGAGUCAUUGCGGAUGCUGGAACAAUGACAAAUGAUCUUGCCAAAGGCUCUGAUGCUGUCGGGUCUGUUUUCGCAGUUUUAGAUCGUUACUCCUCAAUUGAACCUGAAGAUCCUGAAGGCCAUAAGCCCGAGAGGAUAACGGGCCACGUCGAGUUACGUGACGUUGAUUUUGCGUAUCCAUCCAGGCCUGAUGUCAUGAUCUUUAAAGGAUUUUCACUCAAGAUUGAGGCAGGGAAAUCAACAGCAUUGGUGGGGCAAAGCGGUUCAGGAAAAUCGACGAUCAUCGGCUUGAUCGAGAGAUUCUAUGAUCCGCUGGCCGGGACGAUAAAAAUCGACGGCCGGGAUAUAAAAUCCUAUCAUUUGAGAGAGCUAAGAAAGUACAUUGCAUUAGUGAGCCAAGAGCCUGCGUUAUUUGCGGGUACCGUACGACAAAAUAUUACCUAUGGUGCAUCAGGAGACAUCGAUGAGGCCGAGAUCAUCGAGGCAGCGAAGGUAGCCAAUGCCCACGACUUCAUCACCGGGUUGAAAGACGGGUUUGAUACGUGGUGCGGGGACAAAGGUCUGCAACUCUCCGGAGGUCAAAAGCAGCGAAUCGCCAUCGCCAGGGCCGUGCUUAAAAAUCCCGCGAUACUGCUGUUGGACGAGGCGACAAGUGCACUCGAUAGUCAGUCGGAAAAAGUCGUGCAAGACGCGCUCGAGAGAGUGAUGGUUGGAAGAACCAGUGUGGUGGUGGCACACAGAUUAAGCACGAUUCAAAGUUGUGAUACUAUCGCAGUGCUGGACAAAGGCCGUGUCGUCGAAAAAGGAACGCAUUCGGCGUUACUGGCUAAAGGGCCUGAUGGAGCUUACUUCUCUCUAGUGAACCUCCAAAGAACUAGUGCUACUGCUCCUGCUACUGAAUCUAGCAUCCACUAA